UAAACGAAAAAAUAAACAAUAGCUGCAUAAUAGCUUUCAUAUUAGAUAAAAAUAUAAAGUGAACUUGAGAUUUCCGAGCACAUGAUAAUAACGAUAUUGAUAAUAUCGCGACAAUGACAACAUAUUUUGUGCAAUCGAGUUUAUUUCUCUUUGAAAAGUCAAUUGAAAAUACUAUUUUCAUAAAUACAAAUAAUGUAAACACACCUUAACGAAACGUCAUAAGUGAAAUGACACUUUUGCAUAUUCAGUUCAAGUUGGUGAACCGUCAGCAUAUUUUCGUUAAUUCAAUAAAUAAAAAAUGAAUAUUAAUUGCAUUACAAUCUGAUUACAACUAAAUGACACAGCAUUUUUUGAUCUUCUAUUUGGCGAUACUUAUUUUCUAUUUUCAAAUGCGAGAAACACCUUACAUACUCCAUUUGUUCUUGGAUACGAAAAUAAUAUAAUUAAAAUGUUGGUGCCAGACCCACAUGAUUUGGCUAAAUUAUGUUUAAGAUUUUUUGAUACCUUACCAAAAACUGGAAAGCCAAAAUUGGGGGAAUGGACUGUAUUGUGUUGUUGUGUAAAAUAUGAACAUCGAACAAAAAGCCUUGAAGUUGUAUCAGUAGGGACGGGCACAAAAUGUGUUGGCCGAAAUUUAUUGAGCAAUAAAGGCGAUAUAUUACAUGAUUGUCAUGCAGAAAUAAUGUGCCGGCGUGGUUUCCUGACUUAUUUAUAUGAAGAAAUCAAUCUAGCCGAAUCUUUCAAUUCAAUAUUUACUUUUAACCAUGUGAAAAGAAAAUUUGAAAUAAGUAAAGAUAUUUCUUUUCAUUUUUUCAGUACUAAAAGUCCAUGUGGGGAUGCAAGCAUUUUCUCAAAUGUCGAACCAACUGAACAUAAAAGACCAAAAUUAGAGCAAUGCCCGGGUUUGAAUUUAGAUCCGAUUAGCAAUGUAGUCAAUCCAAUGAUACAAUCAACGGGAUACAUCAGUAUAAAACCGGGUAAAGGAGAAACGGGUGCCAAACUGAUUUACAAAAACACGGAGGAUCCAAUGAUACAAUCAACGGGAUACAUUAGAUUAAAACCGGGUAAAGAAUUACUUACCAGUACUUAUUUAUCCAUUCUUUUGAUUUUGUUUCCAUUACUACCAUUACAUGCAUUUGAAAUAAUCACAAUAUCAAAAGCUUUUUUGAAUGUAUGAAUGAUGGUGAUCAGAGUGAAAGCGAUAUAGACUAUGGUGGCAAACAUUGUAUUGCGUUUACAAAAGUUGUACAUUUCUUUAUUUUAAACGAAUUGAACCACAAAGGUGAACAUACAAAUGUAAUUAUCGACAAGGUACAACGAACACGUGGCGUAAUAUGAUUUACAAUUUCAAAUGGACUGUGUAUGCUUCAAGAUAUUAAAAUAAAUGCCGAUUUCAGUCGGAGUGAUACCUAGCGGAUGAAUGCAUCAAACGAGAUGCGUCUCCCACUGAAGUAAGACAGAUUAUUUUUCUUCCACGGAAUCACGACCUAAACUACCAAACCUCAAAUUUAAACAAUGGCAUACAUUAUUAUUUCUACCUAGAGUUAAUCAGAAUAUUGGAACAGGAUGGAAAAUAAAAUUAUGAAAGGAAGUAUAUAGUUUCUCAACAUUACUACUACUGUUACUACCAAACCUCAAAAUAAAACAAUGUUGUUGUGAGCAUUGAUUUUGCAAUUAAGUCAAUGACCACAACAACAUUGCUUAAAUUUGAGAUUUGGUAAUAGUAUUAGCAGUGUUGAGAUCGCUGAUCACUGUGAAAAGAGAAAAACAUUAAUAUGCUUACUAUGGAAUAGUACUGGUUGCCAAGGCCACUAUCUUUCAAUCAGGAGAAAAAGAAAGAAAAGAAACACAAAAUAGUUAAAUCACCAUUAAUAAAUCAAUAGCAGUCUACAAUGAAUGAAACCAAAAUAAUAAUUGAUGUAAUUGCAAACGAUACUUACUCAUACAACGUAAAUUACUCGUAGAAGAAGAGAAGAAAAUUAAUUUAACAUUCAUUAGUGGGGGCAAACCAAGCGGGGUUGACGUAUAUGAGAUUGGGAACUUUUUUAUGCGAACGCAGCUGAUCAGCGCCAUCUCACAUUAGUUCGAAAUAGAUCGAAAAACAGAAUUUAAUUCUGUAGCAUUGAAAUGAAAAAGAGAA